CGACGCGCAUCGAGCUGUGAUCGCCCUCAUCGUCGCCGGUCGUGCCUGCCUCGAAUUCACCGUCACUUCCUCGUCCCGGUCUCCGCAAGACAGCACCAGACCCUGGCCGUACAAGAGUCAUCGCCACGUCAUUCCCAGAGCGCGUCCAUCACCCCCGAGAACUCCGCAAUUUCAUAAGGAAAUCACCGCCUUCAACAUGGUCGAGAAGCGCCCCGCCGCUGAGAUUGCCGCCGGCGAUGCUAAGCGCGCCAAAGGUGCAGAUGCCAUUGCAGCUGCGAAAGCAAAGGCGGCAGAGAUCGCUGCGCGCCUUGCUGCGAGGAAAGCCGGCGCGCCUCCAGCGGCAGCGCCCGCGCCUGCGGCGGCCUCCAGCGACACGCAGGACAGACUGGCCGCUCUGAAGGCGCGUAUGGCGGCAAUGAAGGCUGAUAAAGCUCCUGCCAAACCCGACCCAUCAGAGCCUUCUGGACCGCGAUUUGCAACGACGCUGGGCAACCGCCGUUCAGAAACACCAAUCGUCGACACAAAGUCCAAGCCCGUGGUGCAAAAGGCAAAGGAGACGCAGGAUGAAGCAUCGUUCAACCCAUACUUCGAUCCCCACGCUGCCAGCCAGCCAGGUGCGCGGACAAGGGUGUCCAAGCCGUUGCACUUCAACGAGCAUGGAAAAUACCUCGACCAGGCUUCCAAGCUCCGAGCGCAGGGCCGUCUGGAACAGAUCAAGAAGAUGCUGGCCAAGCAAGCGCGCCGUGCGGGACUCGAUGAGAACAGCGAACGCGGGUUCAUGGUCGAGCAGCCGCCAGAUAUCGAGUGGUGGGAUGAGGGCAUUCUGAAGGACAAGACAUACGACUGCAUCGAUGACCCUGAGAAGGUCAUGAUCGACACCGACGAUUCCAUCAUCACACUCUACGUACAACACCCGCCGCUGCUGAAGGCGCCACAAGACAACCGCCUAAUCGAGGUCAAACCACUGUAUCUCACAACAAAGGAGCAAGCCAAGGCACGCAGGAUGCGUCGCAAAGCUGAUCAUGAAGAGAUGCAAGCCAAGAUUCGAUUGGGCCUUGAACCGCCUCCACCACCCAAAGUCAAGCGUGGAAACAUGAUGCGUGUCAUGGGCGAACAGGCCAUUGCCGACCCCACCGCUGUCGAAAUGCUUGUCGAACAGCAGAUUGCGCAAAGGCAGAACGACCACGAGGCAGCCAACGAAGACCGCAAACUAACCGACGAGCAGCGUCACGCAAAGCUGGAGAGGAACCAAGAGAAGGACGCCCAAAAAGGUCUUUACCUCUGUGUGUUCAAGGUUAAUACACUAGCCUACGGCAAGCACAGAUACCAGAUCGACAUGAAUGCGAAACAGCACGCGCUGACUGGCCUCACGCUGUUCAACCCUGAUCUCAACCUGAUCAUUGUAGAAGGCGGUCUUCAUUCGAUUGAAAAGUACAAGAAGUUGUUGCUACAGCGCAUCAAAUGGUCUGAGAAUGCCGAGCCCACAGAAAUCCAAAUUGAGAAAACAGCAAACGACCCGCAGUGGAUGAAGAGCCUCGACGCGAACGGCAACCUCAAAGAUCACUCGCAGAACAAAUGUACGCUGCUCUUUGAAGGCGAGGUCAAAAACCGCGCGUUCAGGAAAUGGGGGUCAAAGAUGUGCGAAACGGCGGGUGAGGCACGCGAGAUUCUCAGCAGGAGCAAGUUGGACAGUUUGUGGGCCCUCGCAAAGAGUGUAGACUAGGGAAAACAAAGCGUCCCCCAACGGCAGCUGGUGACCUUCGCAUUGAUUACCCAGGUUAUCCCCCGUCCAGAGAGGUCGAGAACGAUGUUCUACAGAUGCAAGUAAGUGCCGCCUGCCCAUAUCGACCUC